CAAAGGGGCGUGUCAGCAAGGAAUUUGAUUAUGACUGCCAUAGCAAGAGAAACCUUGUGGACAACUGCUGUUUAAUUAAAACAUAUUCACACAAUAUGUGUGCACGGCAAUUGAUGUUACUGUCAAAGCUAGUAUAGGUUGCUAUUCAAUCCCUGUCGAAAUGAUACGGACACUAAACAGCGCGUCAUUGGCUGCUUUAUUUGCAACCGUGCCAAAGUUCACGACCUGCAGAACAGCUAGAAUACACAGUACGUAUGAUGUGGCUGUGGUGGGUGGAGGCAUCGUGGGCCUGGCUUCAGCCAGAGAGCUCAUCCUCAGACACCCCACGCUUAGCUUCAUUCUGCUGGAGAAGGAGAAGGACCUGGCCAUCCACCAAAGCGGCCACAACAGUGGUGUGAUCCACAGUGGGAUUUACUAUACCCCUGGGUCUCUGAAGGCCCGUCUCUGUGGCAAAGGGGCCACUAUGGCCUACGAAUACCUGGACAAGAAAGGACUCCCCUAUAAGAGGUGUGGAAAGCUGAUCGUGGCUGUGGAGCGAGAGGAGAUUCCCAGGCUCAAAGCGCUGUACGAGCGAGGACAGAAGAACAACGUGCGUGACCUCACCAUGAUAGACGCCAAGGGGAUCCGAGAGAGAGAGCCCUACUGCAGGGGUCUGCUGGCCCUGGACUCUCCCUACACUGGCAUCGUGGACUGGAGGCUGGUGUCACUGGCAUACGGAAAAGACUUCCAGGAGGCGGGAGGGACCGUGGUUACUGAAUAUGAGGCUAGUGACAUGGCCAUGGUGAAGGAAAGCCCCGCUGGUAACACCGACGGAAUGAAAUAUCCCAUCGCUAUCAGAGAUUCAAAGGGUAAGGAGGUAAGGUGUCGGUAUGUGCUGACCUGUGGUGGUCUCUACUCUGACCGCCUCGCUCAGAUCUCUGGCUGCAGUCCAGACCCUCGUAUUGUCCCCUUCAGAGGAGAUUACCUGGUCCUGAAGCCUGAGAAGCACUAUCUGGUCCGGGGAAACAUCUACCCUGUUCCUGACCCUAAGUUCCCCUUCCUGGGGGUCCACUUCACCCCGCGGAUGGACGGCAGUGUUUGGCUGGGUCCCAACGCCGUCCUGGCCUUUAAACGAGAGGGAUACAAGCUGUACGACUUCGAUGCCCGGGACUUUGGAGAUGCACUCUCAUUCAGAGGUCUGCAGAAGCUGGUGAUGAAUAACCUAGUGUAUGGUGUUGGAGAGAUGUACAGGGGGGUGUUCAUCGGAGCUCAGGUCAAGAUCUUAAAGAAGUUCAUCCCAGAGCUCUCUCUAAGCGACGUACUCAGGGGUCCAUCAGGGGUGAGGGCCCAGGCUCUGGACCGCGAUGGGAACCUAGUAGAUGACUUUGUGUUUGACGUUGGUGUCGGGGAUGUGGGCAGCAGGGUCCUCCAUGUACGCAACGCUCCCUCGCCCGCCGCCACCUCUUCCCUGGCCAUAGCAGAGAUGGUAGCAGAUGAGGUGGAGAGACGUUUCAGCCUCUAAAAAAAACUCGAGGCACUCUUCCGGAUUGCAUACCAAAUGGCAUCCUAUUCCCUACUUUUGAGUUCUGUGCACUACUUUUGACCAGAGCCCACGGGAAAUAGGGUGGCAUUUGGGACGUGCCUAAACUUCCCCAGUGGGAAGGAAGUAACAACAUUGAUCCAUCUGAUCCAGCUACAAGUCAUCUAUAAUAUAGUGAAGCGGUGAUGAUGCUAGAUGCUGAUCUCGGGUCAGUUCUGCAUUUUACCCAAUGGGUUAGUUUGGAGUGGGCGAGUGUUCAAGCUGAUCCUGGAUCUGCGCCAAAGGGGGAAACUUCACCAGGAAAUGAUCCAUCCAAUGUGUUACUACUGCUCACUGGUCCAGCAUCAUCUAUCUGCGUCAGCAGAGUAAGGGUCCAAAAUUCCCGGGUUUUCCAGGAAUCCAGGUUGGAGGAUUCCAGGAUGAUCUGCUUAGUCCCUCCUAAUCGCAGGAAUAUUCCAACAAGGGAUUUCUGGAAACCUCGGGAGGUUUGUUAGAGUUACUGGAAUUUGCAACCCUACAUCAGAGUGGCCAGGCCAGAAUGGAGUACAGUGAGCAGCGUGUACUGAAUGGAGCAUGUAAAGUGCAUUUGGAAAAUAUUCAGACUCCUUGAUUUAUUUUUUUUACCACAUUUUGUUAGGUUACAGCCUUAUUUCCCUCAAUCUACACACAAUACCUUAUAAUGACAAAACAAAAACAGAGGGUUAGAAAUUCAAGCCUGGGGCCUCCUGAGUGGCGCAGUGGUCUAUGGUACUGCAUCGCAGUGCUUGAGGUCGUCACUACAGACACGGGUUCGAUCCCAGGCUGUCACAACCGGCCGCGACCAGGAGUCCCAUAGGGCGGCGCACAAUUGGCCCAGCGUCGUCCGGGUUAGGGGAGGUUUGACCGGGGUGGCUUUACUUGGCUCAUCGCGAUCUAGCGACUCCUUGUGGCGGGGCCAGGCGCCUGCAGGCUGACUUCAGUUGUCAGUGCAAUGGUGUUUCCUCCGACACAUUGGUGCAGCUGGCUUCCGGGUUAAGCGGGAGGGUGUUAAGAAGCACAGCUUGGCGGGUCAUGUUUCGGAGGACUCAUGACUCGACCUUCGCCUCUCCCGAGCUCGUUGGAGAGUUGCAGCGAUGAGACAAGAUCGCAAUUGGAUAUCACGAAAUUGGGGGUAAAAUACAAACAAACUAACAAAAAUAUUAAGAAAAUUCAAGCCUGAUGUUACCUGAGCCUGAUGGGCCCGACAUUUAAGACAUUUAAUGAGCCCAAUCACAAAAAAAUCACAAAAAAUUGUGCUGUUUUCCAAUAGAUAUGAUAUUUAGGCUGCUGCACAUUACACACGACAGAAAAACAUAAAUUCCCAUAGAUGGAGCUAUAGAUGUAGCUAGCUAUAUGCUCUCUUGGGUAAAUAAAUGAAACUAGCUCCAGUAGGCUAAUCUGUUUUGAGUGUGAACUAUUACUGUACUAUAUUAUAUGGACUAUAAUUACGUACAUCAUUCGAACCAUGAUAAAGUAGGGAGAGGGAACAUGUGAUUCUGGUGCAGCACAUGCGGCCUACAAAGUUACAAGUAUAGGCUAGCGAAUUUAAUUUUCAUUUUGAAAUAUAAUAGUGCCUAUUUGUAUAAUUAGUAGGCUGACGCAUAUGUAGCUUUCAUGUUUCCCCUAAUGGUAUUAGCCUACGUCCUCUCUUUUGUUGCUUCAUUCCUUAACUCGCUUUCAACAGUUAAAUGAAAUGUUUCGUGUCCUAAAUCAUUCUAAUGACAUCCUUGAAUAAUAUAGGACUAGAAUUAGAUGCAGACGGCUUUCACUUCUCUUCACGUAGAUUGAAUGGUUAUGGGUCUGGAAUAAAUAACUGCUAUAAACCUACCGCCAUCCCUCUUUCAAACGACGGGGAUGAUAGAUCUAGGUGCAUUGUGAACUGCGUUCAAUACUGAGCUGGGCUGUCUCUGCAUGAUGAAUCAUCAACGUGCAGGGUGGGGACAGAGGCCGUGGAGAAGACAGAUUUAGAUUUAGAUCGCAUAUAAUUUAAACAGUUCCAUUUCACCGCAUGCUGUUCAUAUAAAUAAUGUAUUAUAAUUUAUCGGGUUCUUACAGUUAUUUAUCCGGGGGGAAAUGAGUGGUUUUGGGCAGUAAAUCUCAGUAACCGGGUUCCCGCCGUUCAACCCAUGUCCAUGCUACCGAAGACCAGUUUUCCAGACACAGAUUAAACCUAAUCUUGGACUAAAAAACAAAUGAAAUGGAGAAUCUCCGUAGAAAUAGCUUUAUACCGACCCUUAACGUUAGAAAUGUAGUUGAACGCACCGAUGAAAACAAAAAUGAGUUGUUUGCACAGAUGAUUCCAGAUGAUGCAAAUCAUUCACCAGAAUGUUCUAGAUUAAAGACUUGCUCCACUGUGGUCCUGUAUGCUCAUGUGAUCCCUCUCAUUACUUUGGUUUUGGAUAAUGAUGAUGUACAGUAGUGUUAAAAAAAAAUCUUGGUGUUCACCACUAUUUCUGCUUUUUGAUUUUCAACGCACAGAUUUAUGCUGUUUUAAAACCAUUUAUUUGAUCAUAAACUGAAAAUAUUUAUCAAAGUUUUGCGGUAAGAAUACUGCCAUGUUUCAUUUUGGCGCCAGUUGUGACAGCCUGGGAUCGAACCCGCCAGUCACAUUCUUUGACAGUGAUUGUUUUUGAAAAACUGUUUAAUUUUGUUAGCCUGUUUUACUGAGAUGAUAUGAAACGGUUUAAUUAAUUUGUCUACGAAUUAUAAUUCUCUCCUUUUGAGAUUUGUGAUGUGUCUUCAACUCCAGAGAACAGUUUAUUACAGAAAUUCAAUGUAUUUUAAAUAAAUUACUUUUCACAUUA